CUGAUAGCCGGCAAAGAGACCUUCCCAUGUGACUCGACCAACUCGAACUUUACCAUCGGUGAGUUGGUCGUGAUCACAUCGUGGGGUUGCGUUGGUUGCGUUAUUUACGCUCGGUGCCGGCGAAUUCUGUGAGCAUGUUUUGCAUACCUGGUCAAAGGCUGUGCGCCAGCAAGGAGUGUUUCGUUGGCGGCGAAGGUACUUAUGUGCAGCAUGGAUAUGUGUAUUCCAGUCUCUCGGGCCGAGUAAGCAUCAAGCGACAACAGGAUAAGAAAACACUGGUACAAGUGAAGCGUUGCGCCAACCUAAACAUCAUUCCAACUCCAGGCAACGUCGUCACCGUGAAAAUAACGAGCAUCAAUCCACGGUUUUGCAAGUGCACCAUCAUUGCCAUUGAAGAAUCGCAACUUUUGGAACCUUUUAGAGGCAUCAUCAGGAAAGAAGAUAUCAGAGCCUUUGAAAAGGAUAGGGUAGACAUUUCAAAGAGUUUCCGUGUCGGAGACAUUGUGCUUGCUCGGGUGAUAUCUAUCGGAGAUGCUAUGUCUUACUUUUUGACAACCGCAGAGAACGAGCUGGGCGUUGUCGUGGCACUUAGCGUUGCAGGCUAUCCUAUGACCCCUAUCAGCUGGACGGAGAUGCAGUGUCCUGUUUCGUACGUCAAACAGUUUCGAAAGGUGGCGCGACUUCCCGCUGACGUGAGGACACCUCAAUCAGAAUCAUCCUAGUUCAUGGAAAUCCCCCUUGGUCUUGCAUUUGGAACACAUUGGCCAUAAUACAGAC